CCAUGGGAGCAUGCAGACUACUACCGAGGCUGCUGUCACAUGGAUUUUUUAUAUCCAGUUUUAUCAUCAUGUUGUCCUUUUAUGGAUGGGACAUGUCGCAAAGGCUGAGAGAAAAGAGGAUACAUCAGGAGAACGAGGACAGGAUGAAGUUGAUAAAUGAAAUGUGUCAUCUUGAGAAAAAAACAUUUUUACAACAAAGUCAUCACAAGCUGAACAACCUGCUUGUGGAUGACACUCAUGGUGUCAUCUACUGUUAUAUUCCCAAGGUGGCAUGUACCAAUUUGAAGAGAAUCAUGAUUGUACUGAAAAAAGGUGAGCCAUAUGGUGACCCCAAUAAUAUAACUGGAGAUAUCCAUGGCAGGCUUCUGCGUCUAGAUCACUUGCCAACAAAGGAAAUCAAGGUGAAGCUGAAGCACUACACCAAGUUCAUGUUUAGCCGGGACCCAUUUAUCCGUCUCAUCUCUGCCUACCGAAACAAAUUUGAGCAUUUAAAUGAGCCCUUCUACAAGGACUAUGGCCGAGACAUUCUGCGUCUUUAUGGCAAACAUCUUAAUCCACCAAACACAAUGAAGGAGGCACUUGCAUCAGGCAUACGCAUUUCAUUUAACAACUUUAUUCAAUACCUGCUGGACCCACGGACUGAGCAGAGAAAUCCCUUUGAACCCCACUGGAGGCAGAUGCACCGUUUGUGCCACCCCUGCCUCAUACAGUACGAUUUAAUUGGACAUCAGGAGACUAUGCAAGAGGACACUGAAAAUCUGCUCAAGAUCUUAAAGCUGCAGGAUGACAUUAAGGUUCCCCCUGCAUAUGUCAAUGUGACUACCAACGAUUCUGUGAUGAAAUGGUUCAAAACAGUGCCUCUAGAGGACAGGAGGAAACUGUAUAAGAUCUAUGAGAAAGACUUUAAGCUCUUUGGCUACAGGAAGCCAGAUGAACUGCUAAAAGGUUGA